AUGAAAAAGAGAGGAAAAGAAAAAACUGUUCGUCCUCUUCGAACCCUAAUUCCCUUCUUCGCUCAGUGCGGAAUGGCAUCCGUGUCAAGCCAGCCACAGUUCCGCUACACUCAACCCCCCUCAAAGGUUCUCCAUUUGAGAAACUUACCAUGGGAAUGUACAGAAGAGGAGCUCAUUGAACUAGGGAAACCAUUUGGUAAAGUUGUUAACACAAAGUGUAACGUUGGAGCAAAUCAAAAUCAAGCUUUUAUUGAAUUUGCGGAAUUAAAUCAAGCUAUUGCAAUGAUAUCAUAUUAUGCUUCAUCCUCGGAGCCAGCUCAGGUACGAGGGAAAACUGUCUACCUACAAUAUUCCAACAGGCAAGAAAUAGUGAACAACAAAACUACUGCAGAUGUUGCUGGAAACGUACUCUUGAUAACUAUUGAGGGUAAUGAUGCACGCCUAGUCAGCAUUGAUGUCCUACACUUGGUGUUUUCUGCAUUUGGAUUCGUCCAUAAGAUUACUACGUUUGAAAAGACUGCUGGAUUUCAGGCUUUGGUGCAGUUUUCUGAUUCAGAGACAGCUUCUGCUGCAAAGGAUGCCCUCGAUGGAAGAAGCAUUCCCAGGUAUCUGAUUCCAGAGCUUGGACCAUGUACCCUGAAGAUCACAUAUUCUGCACAUACAGAUCUUACUGUGAAAUUCCAGAGUCAUCGUAGCAGGGACUAUACCAAUCCUAUGCUUCCUGUUGCUCCUUCAGCCAUAGAUGCAAGUGGUCAGUUCACUUUAGGCGCAGAUGGGAAGAAGGUAGAGCCAGAGAGUAAUGUUCUUCUUGCUUCUGUUGAAAAUAUGCAGUAUGCAGUCACAUUGGAUGUUUUACACACGGUCUUUUCAGCUUUUGGGCCUGUCCUGAAGAUUGCCAUGUUUGACAAGAAUGGGGGUCUUCAGGCUUUGAUACAGUAUCCUGAUGUUCAGACGGCUGUUGUUGCAAAGGAAUCUUUGGAAGGACACUGCAUAUAUGACGGAGGCUUUUGCAAGCUUCAUAUAUCGUAUUCUCGGCACACUGAUCUCAGUAUAAAGGUCAAUAAUGAUAGAAGCAGAGAUUAUACAGUCCCCAAUACUCCUGUAUUGAACUCCCAACCCUCCUUAUUAGGGCAGCAACCAUAUUCAGUCGGAGGACCCGGUUCUCAUCCAUACAACGGAGCCCAGUAUACGCCAUCCCCUGAUGGUCACGCUGUGCCUCAGCCUUCUGCAGGCUGGAAUCCGCCUGGUACAGCAGUUCAUCCAUCAAUGCCAAUGCACAUGCAUAACUACCCGUACGCCCCUGCUGGAAGUAUGCCUCCCGGGAUGGUCCCCGGGAUGAUGCCGCAGUCUCAUAGCCAGGGCGGUCUACCGCACUCUGCCCCAAUGCCUCCUUAUCAUCGUCAAUAG